GUCCGCUGCUGUUAGGGGGAAGUAGGGAGACCUAGUGCCCGGGCGUCAGAGACCCCCCCUGCCCCGGGACAGGCAGGGUCGGGGUUCGUCACGUGUGUAGUAUUGGUGAUGAGCGAUGGGGUAUGAUGUAAGUCGAUUCCAGGGGGAUGUUGACGAAGAUCUUAUUUGCCCCAUUUGCAGUGGGGUCUUGGAGGAGCCAGUACAAGCUCCUCACUGCGAGCACGCAUUCUGCAAUGCCUGCAUUACCCAGUGGUUCUCUCAGCAACAAACCUGUCCUGUCGACCGCAGUGUUGUGACAGUCGCCCAUUUACGCCCAGUUCCCCGCAUCAUGCGGAAUAUGCUAUCAAAGUUGCAGAUUACAUGUGACAACGCAGUUUUUGGCUGUACCUCCAUUGCGCGACUUGACAACCUCAUGUCUCACCUUAGUGACUGUGAACAUAAUCCAAAACGACCAGUGACAUGUAAACAGGGUUGUGGGCUGGAAAUGCCCAAAGAUGAACUACCAAACCACAACUGCAUAAAACACCUUCGCUCUGUGGUGCAGCAGCAGCAGAUACGAAUAGGGGAGCUGGAGAAAGCCGCUGCUGAGAGCAAGCACCAGCUCUCUGAACAGAAAAGGGAUAUCCAGUUGCUGAAAGCCUACACGAGAGCCAUCCGAAGCGCCAAUCCAAACAUACAGAACCUAGAAGAAACUAUAAAGUACAAUGAAAUCCUUGAGUGGGUAAACUCCUUACAGCCAGCACGUGUGACCAGAUGGGGCGGAAUGAUAUCCACACCAGAUGGCGUCCUACAAGCUGUCAUCAAGCGCUCUCUUCUGGAAAGUGGCUGUCCAGCCUCCAUCAUACAUGAGCUUAUUGAGAACACUCAUGAAUGUAACUGGCCACAGGGUCUGGCCACACUUGAGACUAGGCAAAUGAACAGGAGGUAUUAUGAGAACUAUGUGGCCAAACGUAUUCCUGGCAAGCAGGCUGUGCUGGUGAUGGCUUGUGAGAACCAGCACAUGGGGGAGAAUAUGGUGCUGGAACCUGGACUAGUGCUGUUCUUUGCUCAUGGAGUUGAAUAAAUUUAAAGGGACAUCAACCAAUAAACCUGCACUCCAGUUGCGAUUUCAUCAGCUCUAUCUCCAGUAAGAAGCCGCUUCUUAAUACUAAAGUAACCAUGAAUAUCUACUGUCUCCAGACCCAACUAAUGCCUAAUGACUGGGUGCUUAGUGAUAACUUCCAAAAGGAGUAUCUCUAUAAACCUUCGUUUGGGGCUGGUAUUUAUGGAAAUCAAAGAUGCACUAUAAACACAGUUUGCUGCACGGCUGGCCUCCUUGGGUUUGAUACUGGAACGGUUAGGAAAGACUAGAGUUUCAAGAUUAGCUGAAAAAUGGGCAUUUUACAAGAAGGCGGUGUAAAACCACAGUCUCUGAUCACUGGUGUCUGCUAAGACAAUGAUAUCCUGUAACUUGAACCUGAACUCGUGCAGACUCAUUUGGACUUGGAUCUUGUGGCAGCGGGCUAAAAAGAGAAAGUAGAUAUUUUUUUACUCCCUAUAUAAUUUAGUUCUAUUGAAAAAUUCAGUAUACUUUAGCAGGGUAUAGCUUUCUGUCACAGUAGAUUGAUAUCAGGUUGUUGCACAAAAAUGCACUCAUGAAACCAAAAUAAAGCAGGUCACCAAUGCCAUAUAGUUACACGUUCAAUGUGUCACAUGUCAAAUACCACAAUAUGUCCUCAAUAAAUGGAAAUGUUUGUGAUUGCAGAAUAGUCUAGUGUUGGGCAUAUACUGUUAUUUACAGAACAUGUAUAUUAUUUCCUGCCGUUUUUUGUUUUUUUUUGUAACUUAUAUUUUUAUUUGUUUUCACAAUAAAAUACAAAUACAACAAUUAU